AUGCAAAUUUACUUUCUAUCACAGACUGAAGAGGACAAGAAAAAUGUUACCAGGCUGCAGGAUCUGGUUGACAAGUUGCAGCUCAAGGUGAAGGCCUACAAGAGGCAGGCUGAGGAAGCGGAGGAGCAGGCAAAUGUUCAUCUGUCCAAGUGCAGGAAGAUCCAGCAUGAGCUGGAGGAGGCUGAGGAGCGCGCUGACAUUGCAGAGUCCCAGGUCAACAAACUGAGAGCAAAGAGCCGUGACUCUGGAAAGGGAAAAGAAGCAGCUGAGUAAAGCACACCGAGUGUUUCCCUGUUGUUUCUCUGUGUUGAAUCAUAUAAUAUGAUAUAAUUCAUUCUGAAACAAUAAAAAUUUAGCUGUUG